CAAAACUUCCUUACAGCCUAGAUUUAUUUGUCUAUUUUCAGUACAAAUAUCCUCCUAGCAAACCAAAAGUGGGACUAGCAUAUUGUCAUGUGAUGGACGUCGAAAAUAUCUCAAAUAAGCUUCAUUACCACAUCGAGGAGGGAGAACUAAGGGAGAUACAGCUAUUAUUGGACCCCGUUCUUGACAAAACCGUUAUUUCAGAGAUCGAAGAAAAGUUCCUACAGAGACAUCCCGCUACAGAUCCCGUUAAUCUCGCAAUAUCACACAAACACGAACCGAUUGCAAUCUACCUGGUAGAGAAGGAAUUCAACACUGAUAGAAUUUUUCACUGGGACAACCAAGACUGUGACCAGUGGUGCUAUUACGACCACGGCAUCGAUAUCUGUGCCUCUCAGUACACGGCGGCGGAUCACGCCGAGAAACAGAACCUGUACAAACUAAAUCAGCUGAUCAACGAGAUCCGCCAAGGAAAGAGAAAGCCGGGCCAGAGUCUGACGGUACUCAAUAUCCCGAACUAUGUAAAUAAACCGGCAGUCAAAAAUCAGGAAGUUAAAUCAGAAAAGCAUAUACUAAACAUGGAGGCGCCCAGGAGAAAAGACGUAGAAGAAGCCCAUGAUAUACUCGACAAAUAUGGCAAAACUUUCUCUACAAAGGACGGAAACACUCUCCUUCAUUUGAAUUUGGACAAACCUAGAGUCUAUAUCUACAUUUUUGCAAGUGCUGGUGUACCCGUAAACAUUCAGAAUACGGAUGGUGACACUGCUUUACAUAUAGCUGUCCGCAGUGGACUGUUGAAUUCUGUAGAGGCUCUGUUACAAUGCUCUGCUGAUCUGAAUAUGAGGAAUAAAAUGGGAAUGACAGCAUUAGAUGAGGCAGAUCCUAAAAGAGAGGACAUCUUAGCUAUGUUAAACACUUUCAAGCCCGGUAUUGUGUCUGCCAUUUGCAAAGGCAAUACUAGGAUUGUAGAGAUAUACAAGCGCUAUUGGGGUAGCACAGAGGCGGUGACUAAUAAGGAAGGUCGGACUCUUCUAGAAUUUGCGGAAGCGAAAGCCAUGACAGAAAAUGGAACAGUCACUAAUUGUUUCCGGAUUCUACAGGAAUAUAGAAAAACAAGUGAAUUGACACACGCUAUUUUAUGUGAGGAUGUUGACACGGUCCGAAGCAUAAUUCAAACAGAAAAGGGUUGGACUGUGAACAUUAGAUUCAAGGACCGAAUUGGAAAGACUUUGUUGUCACAAGCCAUAGAGGCCAACAACCUGGAACUGGUCACUCUGCUAGUGGACGCUCCGGCCAGGGCCAAGAUUAAAGGGGUCAGAGUCCGGGAACAUGAAGGGACAAACGUGACAGUGCCAUUAUUUCACAAAGCUCUUCAUCCAGAUAUCAACAUAGAUAUCGCUAAAUAUCUACAUUCCGUUAUGAAGGAACCUUCGGAACACUCGGAGAAAGACAAGAAUGGUAACACUGCAGUAUUGCGGGCUAUAGAGAAUGGUUGUUCUGUCAAGUUCAUUCAGUGGCUGAUCCAGUGUACCAAAGGCUUCUGUCUAGUGGACAGAAAUAAGGAUGGUCUGACUCCGAGGGAUUUAGCAAAAGCCCACAAUAGGGAAGACGUUGUUCAAAUGAUAGACAAAUAUAUCAUUGACAAAAUGGUACCAAUAGGGAUACCGAAAUUUUCUGGGUGCUUCCUCAAAGAGAAAGAUAUUGUCAGUAUUAAAGAUGAGCAAACUGGAAAGACGUUAGCAGAAAAAGCAUUGGACGACGAUAGGUUCGAUGCUCAGAAGUGGCUCAAUUUUCACGAUGUACAGAAUCAUGCGAUUCGCCUUUUUGAGGCAGCUUCUCUAGGAAAUGUUGAUAUUGUGGAGAAGACAUACGACUCAAAUUACAAGGACAAGAAUGGCUACACAGCCAUGAUACGGGCGGUGGCCUUCCAGCAGUACGAGGUCGUACGUCACCUGUGUAUAACCAGACCAAUCCUCAAAUCCAUUCCGGAUAACUGCAAUAGAUACCCACUACAUUAUGCAUAUGCGCUACCAGAAGCGUAUGGGAAAAAGUUAAUUGAAUUGUUACUGGAGCAAAAUCCACAAGCAAUAGAGCAAAAAGUGGAUAAAGACGGUCGAUCUCCGGCAGAUUACGCUAAGAUAAGAGAUACUCUGGAAAUACAAAAGAUGUUGUAUGAUGCCAGAACUCUGGAUCUUUACGGAAAGAGAGGACCACCUUUGGGUCCAUGGCCAGAUGGUGCUAGUCGCAGACCGCCAGAUGAAAACCAGCCGAUGGACUUCCUUGACGUCAUGUGAUUUGACAUCAUGUAUGCAGAACUUUCUUGUGAUAAAUUGAUGUGCUAUUUAACAGUCUCAGCACCUCCAGUGGAACAUUUUGAAUG